CAAAAGACACAAUUUAAGUGUGGCUAUUUAACCAGUAAACUUACAUUUGACCCAAUGCAAAACUAGCAACUAAUUGUAACAUUAAUUAGAAUCACUUCGCCAUCGAGGCAUUCGGAAGUCAGUUUUUUUUUUUUUUUUUGAAUAGAGCAUCUGCAUUUGCGAUGAAGGUCAAUGUAUGUGAAAUAACUAUAGCGUCUAAACCUGACUGCACGUUCUACCUCAAGUUAGAAUGGGACAAAGACCUGGGAGCUGGUUUUGUUGUUGUUCUCUGUGAUGGUGUCUCUGCAUGGAGUGGUGAAGUAUCAGAGGAGGAUGUCAGCAGGGAGGCCCAGGAGAUGGAGAUGCAAAGAGAGCGGUAUGUUAAUGACCUGCAACUGAUACUGACUGGAGAGGUGCAGGCAAACCAGAGCUACAGCUUUCAUCUGGCUUCUGGGCAAUCUGGAAGCCACAUUUUGGAGCUAUCCUAUGAGAAAGUUCAAAGUAACAUGUCGUUCAGGUUUGGCAUGGUGGAACUGCUACCUGUGCAAGAGCCAAUUAAAGUCAUAAAGGAACUUAUUAGUUAUGGCUUAGAGCGAAGUGCUCGCCUGGAAGCCAAGAAACACCACAUGCAACAGGAGAACGAGACACUAAGGAAUAAGCAGGAGCACAUCACUGCAGAAAUGGAGAGAUAUAUCAAAGAAAAGGAGACUUUGGAGAGCGAGCUGUACAACCGCUUUGUUCUGAUCCUUAAUGGGAAGAAGGACAAGAUUCGCACUUUACAGGAAAGGAUAAAACAGCUAGAGAACACUAUACAAGAUAAAAAGCACAGCUGGAAGAAAGGGGAUGCCGGUCAUGGAGAAAAAGAGCAUGUAGAUGAGAAACUUGAAAACAGUGACUAUGGAAACACCACAGAUGAGGAAGAGAAUGGGGAUCCAAAAACUCAGAAUCUGAAACCAAGCAAUCAAGUCCUAUCAAACAGCCCCAUGGAUGACAGUCUAAAUGACAUUGCGGAUGUGGCCCCAAGUAGAAAAAGGCGUCAACGAGGCAUUCAGCCCUCAAAAUCUCAGGCAAAAAGACCAGCUCUGGGACAGAGACAGACCUUAAGGAAUGAUGUGCUUGAAGAAACCAAUGCAGAAGUGAGUAAAGUUCCAUUUCAACAGCCUACACAAGGAAGUCCAGAUCCCGAUGACCUGUUUGAUGACAUCUAAUUUCCUUCAUGUUUCUGAGACAUUAUUUAAAAAUCAAUUUGUAGAUUAAAGCAGGACAUUUACAUAUAUGGCCUAGAUGUGAAACAUCUGAUGACAUUUUAGCAUUCCUAUUUGACAUAAACAAAAUAAAGGUGUGUUGUAUGUA